CUUCCUCUAGCUUCCUUUUUAUUUAGAACCUUACCCAUGUGAGCAAGGAGCUCAAAAGACCUCUACAAAAAGUCUCUCUUCUAGUCAUUACCUCUAAUAAGUAGCCAAACCUUAGAUUGCAGGGGGAAAAAAACAUGUAUAAGAAUCAGCUGCAAGAGCUUGCACAGAGAAGCUGUUUCAGCUUACCAUCAUAUACUUGCAUAAGAGAAGGACCAGAUCAUGCUCCAAGAUUCAAAGCUGCUGUUAACUUCAAUGGUGAGAUAUUUGAGAGCCCUACUUACUGUUCCACCCUCAGACAAGCUGAACAUGCAGCUGCAGAAGUUUCACUUAGUGUCCUUUCCUCUAGAGUCCCUUCUAAAUCCUUGUCUGCAAAGAUUCUUGAUGAGACAGGGAUUUACAAGAACUUGCUACAAGAGACAGCACAUAGAGCUGGUCUUGAUCUGCCAAUGUACACAAGUGUGAGAUCAGGAUCUUAUCACUUCCCAACUUUCUCUUGCACAGUGGAGCUAGCUGGGAUGAGUUUCACAGGAGAAUCAGCAAAGACAAAGAAACAAGCUGAGAAAAACGCAGCCAUUGCAGCUUGGUCAGCUUUGAAAAAAAUGCCAAGCUUGGAUUCUAUGGGAGGAAAGGAAAAUGGUGAAGAAGAGAAGGAACAAGAAGUAGUAGCAAGAGUACUUUCAAGAUUUAAACCCAAAGAAAUGAAAAGAAGAGAGACCACAAACCAAAGGAGAAGAAGUAAACAAUAUACAAACAAGGACUUGUCAGAGAGAUUGAGAUGGAUCAAUCUAUUAACCUAUGAACCUAAACCAUCAUCAACGCAGAAGCAACACAAGAAAACCAGUUUGGUCUCACAUACACAAAGCCAACCAUCAAGAACAAACCUUCAACAAUUCAAAAGGAGAUCAUCACACGAAGCCAAGGCAGAGACAGAGAUGAUGAUGAUCACCACAAGGUCGUUUCCUUUGCACCCGAUGGCUGCUCAUCAUAAAGCCAAACUCAACGGAUCAUCGAGCCGCGGAGGAUAUAGUAACCAAAUCCCAUUUUCCGACAGAGGCAGGUUCAGUUUCGUCGGAGGUUGUAAUAGGCUAGCUCCACCGGUUCAAAUCAGAUCAGUGAUUCCAGUUUUCGCAGCCCCACCAUCAAAACCAAACCCUAGUCCUAGCACAUCAUCAUCAUCAUCAUCAUCAUCAUCAUCAUCCAUAAACUCUUGCUCUGUUCAAGAGAAGACUCUUAACUCAAACGAAAAUUGUGGAUCAAACCCAUGAUUAGUUAGGUGGAUUUGGUUUAAGGGUUGAUCACAAAUUAAAUCAUGUUGUUUGUUGAUUAGAUAAUAGUAAUAUGAUUCCGUCUCUUUUUGAUUGUGUUCUUGUUUUUAUUUUUGAUUUUUUUUUGAAAUUUUUGGACCGACAUGAGAUUUGAAUGCUUGCGUAAAGCACGGAGAACGGAAACAGAGAGCAUUAAGUUAGGGAAGAAGAUGGGACGUUGCAGUUGAGAAAGAAGACCAUUAAAU